GCAUCUGCUGCAUCCAUGGCUUCUUCAUUGGGUCGAAGAAGAACCCACGCUCCCAAAGCAUCCUCCACCCUUAACGACGACGUUUCCUGCGAGGAAUGCGGCGGUGGCCACUCCCCUUCCAAGCUUAUUCUCUGCGACAAAUGCGACCGUGGCUACCACCUCUUCUGCCUCCGUCCAAUUCUUCCCUCUGUUCCCAAAGGCUCUUGGUUCUGCCCCUCUUGCUCCAAUCACAAACCCAAGUCUUUCCCCCUUGUCCAGACCAAAAUCAUCGACUUCUUUCGAAUCCAACGCUCCCCUGAGGCAUUAUCAAAUCAAGACACGCGGAGGAAGCGAAAGCGGGGUGGGGGCUUGGUGGUAUCGAAGAAGAAGAGGAAGCUGUUGGCGUUCGUGCCGAGUGAGGAUCCCAAUAGAAGAUUGGAACAGAUGGCGUCGCUGGCGACGGCGUUGACCAAAACUAGAACGGAGUUCAGCAAUCAGCUUACUUACAUGCUUGGGAUGGCACCAAGGUCCGCUAAUCGUCCUGCUCUUGAGCGCGGUGGAAUGCAGGUUUUGUCAAAAGAAGACACCGAGACCUUAAACCUGUGCAAGCGUAUGAUGGAAAGAGGAGAAUGGCCACCACUCAUGGUUGUUUUUGAUCCUCUAGAAGGCUUCACUGUAGAAGCAGAUAGAUCCAUCAAAGAUUUAACCAUAAUAACAGAAUAUGUUGGAGAUGUAGACUUUUUAAAAAAUAGGGAAAAUGACGAUGGAGAUAGCAUAAUGACACUUCUCUCAGCUUCUGAUCCUUCGCGGACGCUUGUCAUCUGUCCAGACAAACGAAGCAACAUAGCUCGAUUCAUUAAUGGCAUCAAUAAUCACACGCCGGAAGGGAAAAAGAAGCAGAACUUAAAAUGCGUGAGGUUUGAUGUUGGAGGUGAAUGCCGGGUUCUUUUAAUUGCCAAUAGAGAUAUUACAAAGGGGGAAAGGUUAUACUACGACUACAACGGAGAUGAACAUGAAUAUCCUACUGAACAUUUUGUCUGAUUGCGUUCAAAUAUCAAUUAUAAGCAAAUCACCCUAACAGGGAGGGCUUGUAAGCUCAGGGCUUGUAAGCUCAUUGUAAGCUCGUGAUUUUUUCAUUUCUAAGUUGAUUUGGUCACCCACCUUAAAAUGGUUGCCUUGUCACUACCCCACAUGUUGGAUACACAAUAUAUUUCACAGUAGACUUGUGGUUUAUAUUGUUCAAUUAUUUUUUUAAUUCUUUAUUGAUUCAUUUUAUUGUAUAUUGAAUAACCAUUGACCAAA